AUGGGGAACAGACGAAUGAUCCAAUGGUGGAAUAAAAAGCAACAAAUUCUCAUUGACAUUAUUGACUGUGUUGGUUUAGCAAUUGAUAAACAUGGAUUUCUUUAUGUUUCUAACAAUGCGAAGAAUGAAGUGAGACGAUGGAAAAUGGGAGCAUAUGACAACGUAGGAAUUGUAGUGGCAGGUGGAAAUGGACAAGGAAAUCACUUCAGUCAACUUAAUCGUCCUACUUUUAUCUUUGUUGAUGAAGAAUAA